AUGAAUCAGAAUGGUGGUUGUGUGGGAGAUACUCGGAAUAUUUUAAAUGGAUGGUUGAAUGGUGCGUACCGCCCGAUGAAGAGACAAGCCGGCCGAAAAAACGAGAACCCAUCAGAAACCGGAGAGGGCAAAUCUCUCGAAGAGAAAUUAUACGAUUCCAUUUAUAAUGCGAAAUGGAGUUAUGUGAUGUCGGGUUAUGAUGAAGAUCCACUUGGAAUGAAAGUGUUCGAUGGAAAACCACAGCGCAUAUGGACCGAAGCGGAGGUUGAUAUAACUCCUGACCCUGCGAAUGUUGAUGCAGAGAUUGAGGAGAGACCCGAUGGUUUGGAGAUUUUCGUUCUCACUUCGGAGAAGGGUUGGCCAUACAACAGGUUUGCAUUGGGCCACACUGAGAGGUGCAACGAAAAAUUUAAACAUGUAUACAUCCGUCGUGAAAUUAUGCGCGUGUGGUAUAAAGUCGAAAAAGGGCUGAGAGCAUGUUGGGUAGAAAAAGCUGAGGAUUCACCGAUACAUAUUGUUAUUGGUACACCUGGUAUUGGUAAAUCAUGUGGCCUUGGAUCAUUUUUGCUUCAUUCACUGCUUCACUUCCAUGAAGGAAUGCUUGAUGUUGUUGCAUAUUUCGUGGGUAAAAUCGCUUACCUAAUAUAUAACAAGAAACCCGGAGAAGAGGGGAGGGUUGAGGAAGACAGAAGCACCGAUUCCGCCGUUACCUUCAUAAAAACAAUAAGAAAAAAAAGAGGUCACAUCAUUGUCGACAUCGGUAAGAGCUUACUUAUACCGCCUGAUGAGCUGUGCCAUUUGGGUUGGGGUGUAACUGUCCUCACUUCCCCCGAUACGGUACAUUACGAGGAGUGGGAAAAGGACAUGGGAAGCCGCCAUAUUAUUAUAAACUGCGAUGAUGUGCGUGACAUAAAGGCGUUUGUGGCAUGGAAGAAUUUAUCAGUAGCAUUAGAUAAAAAGGUAUCCAACACGGCGAAACAAGAGUUAAGAGGAGGACUAAAGGACGAAUGGGAAACUGUAAAGCAGCGUAUUGCCGUGGCAGGCCCGGUGCCUCGUGCCGUUUACGACGCUGUGGGGCACGGCGGGCGAAUGGAGGCGGUGGCAAAAAAAAUAAGAGGCCUCGAUGCUAAUGAUAAAAAUGGCUGCGAGGAUCUUUUUAGGUCAUCAAUGAACUGGCAAACUGAAGAGGUGUCGUACCAGAUGGUACAGAUAGUCCGUUCGCGUGGAAAUGGAGUUUCCGGAGAUUCAUAUCGCAGCAAAGAGCUUUCCGGGCACAUAAGGACCUUGCUACUUUGGGCGGUGCUUGGCAUUACUGCGCGAAAAGUAGCAGAGUCCCAGCUCAUGAUGAGAAACAGAAGUGCCGCUUUCAUUUCAUUUGAAAGCCAUGCGUUGUUUGCGGUGCUCAAUCCUCGAGUUCUCGAGAUGAUGGCAAAGAACUUGAGACACCUCCAUCCGCCUGAGAAGCUGAGGGGAAAACAAAGUAUACUGAGUAGCAUGACUCCUCAGCAGUUGUGCCUCACUGGAUGGGAAGUCUUACCAGCAGCCAGGCAGAACCCAAUUGAACGCUGCGAAUACAUGGUGCUCUACACUCCCGCCACAGCCUAUGAACCCUUGGUGGAUGGCUUUUUUUUCGUUGAGGGGCGCUUCACGAUGUCGCCUGGAAGGCAAGCGAAAAAAGCGCCAAAACCAAAGACACUUGUCCUUUUACACGUGACCAAGUCGGGCUGUCACUCCACCACUGCGACAAAGUUGAAUGCGUUCACGGAGAGAAUUAAAGGAUAUUUUUCGGACUGGAACACGUUUUCGGGUAACAUGGCUUGGGAGAUGAUAUACAUGAAUGGAGUUAAUGGCGGUGUGAUUACCAAUUGGCAAAAAUGUGAGGCUAACGUCGACAAAGUUAUCCCUGCCAGGAAGGCGAAACAACUUCAAACAUUUUGGGAAACGAUUGAACAAUUCCAGGUAACGUUUGGGGACGAAAUGAAUGCUCAUCUGAUGGUAGAUCUUCAGGAAGCAAAAAAGGCACAGGGAAGGCGAGCGAUGAAAGCAAAGCGAAGGUGA